AUGAGACGAGUCCUGCAGGUCCUUGCUUGUUGCCUUAUUCACCCCUUAAUGGUCUCUGCGAAAGCAGAUCCGAAGUACAAUGCAUCUCUUCCGUUCCGACCAAGCAAUGUGACAGGGCUGAGUGAUAUCUACCUUUGGGUUGGAUCGUAUGUCAAAAUAGAGUUCACACCCGAGAUCGGAUCGACAACCAACACAUCAGUAUGCCAAAAUCUCCAAGGUCAAACGUUCACUGCGGAGUUUCAAUCUAUCCUCGCUAUUACCGAAAGAGGUCCUUACAAUGUGGGCUCAAACCCAGUGAAUGCGCUUUUAACCCUCUGGAACUCGAGCACAAAUCUUUCAUCGCUCUCAAGCUCCACCACGACGUUUCUAUGGACCUCACCAUCCCUUCGAUGGUAUCUCGAGUCUGCCCCCUGGGUAAUAUAUGCGAAAAAUACCACGACUGAAAGCGACUCGCCCUCCGAUCGUUCCGUCAAUGAUAUCUUCAACUUGACCUUAUCGUCUAGCGCCAAGGAGGCUCCAUAUAACCUGACGGGCGCUAUUAAGGACGCAGACGCAAUGCUGGAUACUUUCGAUAUGAAUUUAAAAUCCUGCAAUACUUCUAUUGAAAGUAGCCAAAAUUACAUGUCGCUCGUUGAUCGCGACUACUCUAACAAUGCUGGUUGGAACUGGACAUAUCCAGCAGUUGACUUACAAUUUGACAGCCAAACAGCAAAUUUCACUGUGAAUGGAUAUGCCGCUGCUUUUCCGUAUCGGAUUUCCUAUACUGAAGGUGGCGAAAAUAGACCAUUAGGCCCGGACGAGGUACAGGGAAAGAUCAAGAUUUCCUUCUUCGGGGUCAUCGAUCCUUACCACUCGGAUACCCUGAUCAACACCAGCACAAUACCUACUUGGCUCAGAACGGUAGGAUUUGGAAACAAUUCCAUGAACAUCGGCUACGAUAGUGGGACUCUUGGCUGGCCUCAUCCAUCGCAUUGGCAGGCCACU